UCCUAUUGGCCGGCUCACCCCAUCAACAGUCCCCACCCUCCCAGUUUCUGACCAAUCAGCUCGCGUCUUGCUGCUGUAGCUCAGGGGGCAGGGCAGGGCAGGCGAGAGGCGGGGCUGGGUGGUUUUUGGCGCCAAAAUUCGCGAUCGAUCUCUGCGGAGCGCGAACAUCGCGAUCGGAUUGAUGCGUUUUUACCACCGAUUUAACGAUAAAACUUAAAGCGUUUUGUGUUUUAAUAGCUAACAAUUAGCUGCUGGCUUGCGACGAUGUUUCUGUCGGAUUUUAAGAAGGAGUUCUAUGACGUGAUCUGUCGUGAGAGGGUGCUCAUCGUGCUGGCUGUGGAUGUGGACUCUCUCUGUGCCUGCAAGAUCAUCCAGGCCCUGUUCCAGUGUGACCAGGUGCAGUACACUCUGUUGACUGUGUCAGGGCUACGCGAGUUGGAGGAGACGUUCGCUGAACACAGAGACCAGUUCUCCCACUUCCUGCUGGUGAACUGCGGGGCCACAGUGGAUCUGCUGGAGACGCUGCAGCCCACCGAAGGCUCCACCAUCUUCGUGCUCGACUCCCACCGUCCAGUCGACCUGGUCAACGCCUACAACCACACGCAGGUGAAGCUGCUUGUAAGAAAGGACGAUGAGGUGGACGUGCCGGCGUACGAUCACAUCUUCAGAGACGACGACGAGGUGGAGGAGGGGGAUGGCGGGGAGGGGGAGGGCGAGGAGGGGAGGGGUCAGGGAGGUGGCGACUCUGGGAACGACAGCGAAGACGAUCGACCGUCGGGCAAACGCAGGCGGUUUGAUGAGGAAUCUCUGUUGAGAAGAAUCGACAGGAGGAGGGAAAGGAGAGCCUGGGAAGAGAAACGGCAGGAGAUACUUUUUGAAUACGAACAGUUUGAAUAUCACGGCACAUCUUCGGCUUUGCUGCUCUUCGAGUUGGCUUGGACGAUGUCAAAAGACUCCAAUGAUAUGUUGUGGUGGGCCAUCGUGGGUCUCACCGCUCAGUGGCUGCACGACAAAAUCACACAUGCGAAGUAUGUCUCGGACGUGGCAGACCUACAGAGGCACGUGUCUCGUCACAACCAUCGCCAUGACGACGAGGAUGUCCGCGUCUCCCUCGACCGCAUGCGCAUCACCUUCCAGUACGACCUGCGCCUGGCCCUGUACCAGCACUGGUCGCUGUUUGAGUCGCUGUGCCACUCACUGUACUCGUACGCCGGCCUCAGACUCUGGUCCCUGCACGGGCACAAGAGGCUCCACGCCCUGCUCGCAGACAUGGGUCUGCCACUGAAGCAGGUGAAGCAGAAGUUCCAGUGCAUGGACGUGAAGCUGAAGGAGAACCUCCUGGCUGCCAUCGAUGAGUCGGCCACCAAGUUUGGUAUGGGGGACAUGCGUGUGCAGACUUUCUGCGCCGAGUUUGGCUUCCGCUCGCGCUUCCUGGCUGGGGACGUCGCCCUCGCGGUCGCCGCUCUCGCGGCCUCCACGACCCCCGACCCCGAACACCCUGGGGGAGGGGCAGGGGGGGGAGCCAUCGCUGCCCUACACUCACUCUCCAGGGGCAACGUGUCUCUGCUGCUGCGUGGCGUGGAGCAGGCCAAGCGGCAGCUGUGCAGCCUGCACGAGGCCGUGACGUCGUGCGUGGGCACCGGCCGCGUCGUCUCGCAGGGUCCCUUCCUCUACUGCUGCCUGCACGAGGGCACGCCGGAGCUGGCCAUGUUCUCUGAGCCCAGCUUCCUCUCUCAGUUCAGCAAACACCUCCUGCACACCUUCAUCAAGUCGACUCGGAACCGGAAGUGCCAGCGGCUGCCCCUGGUGGUGGCGGCUCCCACAAUGCACGGCGACUCCACACUGCUCACCGGCUGCCCUCCCCAUGGGGACGCCAGCGACAAGAAGAAUUUCUUUGGCCGGGCUUUUGAGAAAUCUGCGGAGAGUUCCGGAUCCAGAACCACGCAGAAAUACUUCACCCUGUCAGUUGUGGAGCUGAAAACUGAGGAUCGAGGGAAAUUCCUGGACGCGCUCAUCACUUUAUUAUCUUAGACUCGCAUACACACACACAUACACACACACACUCAUACACACACAUUCAUACACACACACAUAUACACUCAUACAUACACACACAUUCAUACACACACACAUACAUACACACUCAUACACACACAU